AUGAAGCAUCGAAAGGAGGCCGCGGGAGGGAAGACGCUUCUCAAGCAUGCGCGGAAGAGCGCAAACAUGAGCCGCCAGAAACUUUUGGAGCUGCGGCGCCGGGCGAUGGCGGUGAGGCGGCAGAAGGCGGAGCUACAGAAGGUGGAGGCGAAGAAAACGGCCUUAAGGCGCAUUCAGUCGGCCCACAACAAAAAGACGCACAAGACAUUUGAUCGCGACAUUCUGCGAUGCGUGCAGGACGGACUGGUGGAGUCCAUUGAAAUCCUGGGAGAGGCCGUCACUCCGCUGUCAUUCUUUAUGGCCGCCUUUACGGCCCUCUCACGGUCUCCAGAGAAACACCACAUUUCAUACCUGCUUGCGAUUGUGUCAGCCUGCGCGCCCCGCCUUAGUCAAGGUAUAUUGAUGCAUCAGCUCGAUGCUGCGAUCACACUGACGGAGCAAAUCAUAGCGGAAAAUGUGGCCACUAAUCAUCUUGUUGUGGCCAAGGCAAUGAAAUUUGCUCAACAACUCAUGCUCUCCCUUCAACCUCCGUCCAUGCGACUACUUUCGGCAUUCUCUCGCUUGGAGCCGAGUAAACUGCAGGUGGAGACCAUGAAAAUGUACAUAGUGGCCUUUCGCAAACUGCUGGAACGUGCGGCUCUGUGCGUGACAUCUCCGCCACCAAGUGCACAUUCCGUUCGUGAUGCAAAAACCGGAGCCUACGUACUGAGUGAGAACCAAAGUUUUUUUGUGGAGGCCCUACCGCGUUUUGUAAAGGUGUGUGUUGCCAACUUCACUGACUCUCCUGUUAAUGUUGUAUCGACGACGACGUCGGAGCUUGCUGGACUCUUUCAGCGUACCAUUUCGCCCUACAUUGUGGAGUCGUUGGAGGGGCGUGAGAUGAUUGAGGGGGUUGUUUCCACGCACCUGUUGGAGCUUCUAAAACCGCAUUGCCAACUUUACUGGGGGUACGCACUGGAAAUUAUGGAAUCUCUUUUUGGCCGGUUGAAUUAUCUGAAACGUACAUCGUCUGGGGAUGCAAUGUCUUUUACGCAGCGUUUUCCUUCUUUCCCUUUUCUUCUCCGGGUGCUUAACAAACUGCGGGUUAUGGACGACCCGAAACUAAACGGGAGGAUUGAGCGGGUGAUGGUGGCUCUUGGGAAGGGCAUGUCUGUUCAGGAGUUUGUGGGCAUUAUCUCGUUUGACCCGUGGCGGGCACAUGACGCGGAGCUCAAGGCCGCCGACGCUGUUGCAGAGGAGGAUGCAUGGGCCACCAGUUAUGUGCUUGGCGUUCUUCGAAGAAUUGCGUCGCACGAUUCUCUGCCUUUCUUUGUUGAGAACUUUUUUCCACCUAUUCAGUUUGUCCGAAAUAUUGCCUUGGAAUACGAAAAACAGCAGCGUAUGGAAUUAGCGACCAAAUGGACGGCGUUGCUGCAGCAGUAUUGGCGUGUGGGCGUCGGAUUUUGCCACUACCCACGAAUUAUAACAAAGGACUCGUUUCGAGAGGUUGCUAAGCAGCUGGUAGGUCUAAUGUCGCAUCCACUCUUUGUGGACACCAGUGCGACCGCCUUGCACGUCCUCUGCGACGGCUACCACGAGCUUGCGACGACGGAGUCUCUGGAAGAUGACAUGGAUGAAAUUGUAGGCAACAACGGAGGCAACGAGGAGGAGCGUCUUGAUGAUGAUCAACGGGAAACUUUUACACAGGGAAAUAGGGCACUGCCGCAGAAAAGUGGCCUUGAAGAAGACAAUUACUUCCUUGCCCUCAACGACCCUACAUGGAAUCGUCACAUUUAUCAUGGCAUCUCGCAGGAAAGGGCUGUGGAUGUCUGCAAAAACGUCAUUGCGAGGUUUAGCGCCAAUAUUAUGCCGAAGUUAUGUAACACUUUUGAGGGUCAUGAUUCUACGGCAAUUUUGUUGGCAAUACAGAGCUUCUCGCGUGUUUGCACACCGGACGUCAUGCAGGUUAUUCUUAAGGGCAUUCUGGAUCUUGGUACAAACAUUGCCCUACAGACGCGGGAGAAGGACAUUACAGCUGUGACGAAGUCAAACCACACGCCUUUGACAGGAAAACGUCGCAUGGUACUUGACAUAUCAUGUGCGGUGAUUUCUCAGCUUCCUGCAGUGCAGGUCGAGGCGCUUUUCAAUGACGUUAUUGAGCCCGUGUUGAUGGACCCGGCACCAGAGUCACGUUUGUUGCAGAAAAAGGCGUACAAGCUUUUGUUUGCCAUGUUUGAACACCGUAUGAAAGAUAUUUUUCCAUUGUUCCCCCGCAUUGCCGGGAUUUUGACGGUUGGACGUCAACAUAUCACAAUUUCAGGUAUAAAAAUGCGCCUGCGCUGUCUGGUAUGGGCCCUGGAUGCCUGCAAGAUGUAUUACCCAGAACAGAUUGUUUCCAUGAUCCGGGCCAUUGUGGGUGAAACCAUCAUGCUUUCACGCGAGCGUUCUAGCGAGACUCGGGCCACCUCUAUGGAUCUUUUAGAAAAGAUGCAGCGUUACCUUGUCGGUGCUGGCAAUCCGGUGAAUAUGCUUUUGCAUCUGGUGCUUGCCGGGUUUUCAGGAAAGACGCCGUGGAUGAUUUCAAGCACUGUGGUGGCCAUGGCGAAAGUUGUGUACGUCACCCAUCAAGGAUUGCCAGAGGCUGACCUUGACGCCGCCAUUUCUCUUGGGUUCCGCAUGAUGGAGUCCGCCUUACCGGAUGUUAGGUCAGCGGCAGCAAUGUUUGCACGGAUGGUGUUGAAACUCAUGAAGCGAUGUCGACGCGUUGCGGCGGCAGUGGAGAGGUCGCUACCAAAGCUGCUUCUUGCCAUUGCUCUCACAACAUCCCAACCAAGUGUAUCUAGCAACAUUCGUCUGCAGAUGCGGGUAUUGCUUGAGAAAUGCAUCAAGCGUUUUAGUUUUGAGCGUCUGGAGCCAAUUUUCCCAGUUGGCUCAAAGAACUUUCUUCGCUACACGCAGAAGAUGAUGAGACGGGAGCAAAAGAAGGAAGAGCGCGAACUCAUGAAACACGCGACCGAGAAGAAAAAUGAGUUUGACCGCCUCUUCCUUGGGGCUGCGAUGAAGGCUGGAACCGAGGAUGAUGCGGAGCGCGACCUGCUGCAGGCUGGUGCCUUGACAAGCCUGGUGUCUACAUACGACUUGCCCUCUUUCGGCAUCGCAGAGGAUGCAGAGGACAGCGGUGAUGAACUCGACAACAUGCACCUCGAGUUUCAAGACGGUAAACUGCACAUCAUGAGCAUUGAAGAAAAGCGCCAACAAGUUGAACGGCAACGUCGACAGGAAAUGGCGGAUCGUCUCUUGCAUCGCGGGCGUCAUCUUGCCCAUGCUGAUUCCCUCAACGAGCGAGCGUUGGGCAUGCGCGGCAAGCGCUUUCGGGUGGAGGCAGAAGACUUUGAGAAUGACGAACUCCUGCUUCGGUACGGCAACAAAAUAAACAACGAGUCGGCUAGAGGCACGAUAGCCGCGGCGCAGUCCCGCGUCGGUCCCGGAGCGAACCAAAUUGAAAAACUGCGUGACCAGCAGCGUGAGAAGCGGGAACUGAAGCGGAUGCGGGUCGAAGAGGAUAUCCGCAAGGGCGAGGAGUUUAAGGGAAGGGGCGACGGUGACGUGCGGCGCGGCAACAUGGCACCAUACGCCUACAUUCCGCUCAACCGCCAGUACAUGAACAAACGACACCAGCGGGAGGCGAUGCAGCGACUCAUGACGGUUGCCCACCCGCACAUGAAAGGCAACAAGGCCAAACUUGCCAGGCGCGCCAAGAAUAAGAGUGCAAAUUGA